UCUGUGUAACUGGCAACUCGGUUGCGUAGCAUAAAUUUAUCUACGCCAAAUGAGGGCAUUGUCUUUUGAGGCCAGUUGAACUUUAUUGUCCAAACAGUUCAGGACUAGCUCAUAUUCUUGUUGGUUAGACACGGGAGAUUCAAUACUCUUGGUACAGAUGAAUACCGAUUUUCCUUAAAGCUGCUUUUCUAGCUGCUAAAAAGACGGUGUUUAAUUCUAACCUCGAUGGACUUCCGAUCUACCGCAACAAACUUUAAGGAAAAUCGUGGUUAAUCCUCUGCAUGGAAUAACAUCGCGUGACAGCAAAAUGUAUGGAGAAUCUACCAGAUUUGAUGACCGUCUCUUCGAUCAAGACAGCGGAAUAUUCAAUUCUAGUAAUUCUCAGCACCCAAUUGCCGAUGAUGAAAUCACACUGGCCCGGGUGAAACAAAGGCUUCUACUUCUAGAAGAGGUAAACACGCUUCGUUUACACAGUAUAAAAGAAGAAGAAGAGUUUCAGCUGAAACUGCUGAAAUGCGAAGAAGAAUUUCGGCAACGCCGAGUUGAACAAGAACUGAAGUUCUUAUAUGAAAAAUCUCAGCUGAUAUCUGCCGCCGCAGCCGUGAAUACUGAACUGAGCAGCGCUCAGGGCCAACAAAGCUUCCCGAUACAAUCAACAAACGAUUGUAGAUCGAGCUCACCCACACCGAGUCGGAGCAGUAGCUGUUGUACAGUAUAUCGAGAACAAUACGAAUCAACACGGUCAACACCAAUUGCACAACACGACAACCUGCAAAGGAUGCCAAUUUGGUCAGCUCCAGAAGGCGAGGAGGAUAUCAGAACACCAUCGGCCGCGCAGACUGCGGCAAGGCAGGUCAUGGCGGACGCUUUACCAACUUUCUACGGAGACCCCAAGGAAUGGACAUCAUUCAUCAACAUGCUCACCAUGACCACAAAGGCUUGCGGAUUCACAAAGGAAGAAAACUUGGUGCGUCUGAAGCAGUCUCUACGAGGAUCGGCAUUAGAGUUCGUUGAGGGCAGUCUACUGCUACCUGCGACAGUGCCAGCUGCGAUAGAAACCCUGAAGAAGAUCUAUGGCAGACCAGCGGUCAUCAUCAACUCGCUGCUCGAGACCCUUCGCUCUAUGGCGGCUCCGAAAGAAGAUGUUUUAGAAACGGUAGUUCCAUUUGGCAUUGCAGUGCAAGGUUUUUGUGAUUAUUUAGUGGCCGCUAACCAAAGUGCACACCUAUCAAAUCCAUUACUCUUGCGAGAGUUAGUUGAUAAACUUCCAAAUUAUCUGAAGCUUGAAUGGGGAAAGUACAUAAAUGGUUCUUCAAACUUAACGCUCAAAGAAUUUAGUGCAUUUCUAACCGGUGUAGUGGACGCAAUUAUAGAUGUCAGCAUGAACAUUAAAUUAAUGGCCAAAAAUAGAGUUCAGCAUGCAAAUCUGGGUCAUGAAAAAGGGAACAGAAGUUUAAAAUUGUGCUACUUUUGUAAUGCAGAACCUCACAAGAUAUGGAGUUGCAGCAAAUUUAAACAGCUGGUGAUUAAGGACCGUUGGAAAGAAGUGCAGCGUAAAGGACUAUGCAGAGUGUGCUUGAAUAGACAUAGGCUCACGCAAUGUCGAAUUGUAGAGAGUUGUAGGGUCACAGGAUGUAAAUUGCGCCAUAACACUUUACUUCACGAUCCUUCGAAAACAAAACACACAUAUUAGAUUAGGGCGAUAAACAUGCUUCGCCAGUUUCCAGUAACACGCGGGGGAGUGUUGCGAAGACUUGCUUCUUGUAUUUUCUGUGUAACUGGCAACUCGGUUGCGUAGCAUAAAUUUAUCUACGACAAAUGAGGGCAUUGUCUUUUGAAGCCAGUUGAACUUUAUUGUCCAAACAGUUCAGGACUAGCUCAUAUUCUUGUUGGUUAGACACGGGAGAUUCAAUACUCUUGGUACAGAUGAAUACCGAUUUUGUGAGUAUAUCUAUACUAAUUUUAAUACAAACAUACUUAAUAAACAAUAUGCAGCCUUAAAGCUGCUUUUCUAGCUGCUAAAAAGACGGUGUUUAAUUCUAACCUCGAUGGACU